CAUGUCCUGUCGCAUCACAACAGCAGGGGCGUCAGAGCAUUCUUUUCGCUGCCCCCCCCGGGUAUCGAUAGGGUUUCAACAGGAUGAGCUCGCGGCCGCGCUUGCCGUUCGACUAUCAGCGCUUCCCAAAUGCCGGCGCGCAAUCCUCUGGCCAUGCUGCAAUAUCCCACCGGGCUGAAGAUGAUGAGCUUGAUCUCGACUCUGAUCACGGUCGCCUGCGCGGAAGGGUAUCUUGCACCAAAUCCUCGCCCUCGCAUGGAUUACACAUGGCUGUUAGACGCUGCGAGCGCUCAUUGCGAGUACAAGUCACGGCCGUCGGCAGAAGCGACUGUCAUAUCCUUCCGGACUCCCGAGAUCCAUGCACGGACGACUCUUCGAAGUGAUCUUUUCAGCGCCGAGGUCAGGGUUUUCGAGCCAGCUGAUCUCAAUGAGUUGCUCGCUACAGAGUCUGAAAGACGAGAUCAUUUCCCUUCUGGGCCAGCCAUGGUGUACAAUAUCGUGUUUCCUAUCGAACCUGUCGUACCGGGUAUGUGACCCGUGUGAUGCCAACUGACGCUGAUCCGUCUCACAGAUCUGCUCGCGUCGGCCUGUUGCGAGUGGUUCUAUGUCGUGGAAGUCAAAGCAAGCCUCGAGGCUCGGCAGAAGAAAAUGAUCGCAGCACAGCAACGCAUGAGAUAUCGAUGCACGAAGCUCACAGAGUCCAUCUGUGG